GACGUCCUUAAAAGUGGGUCACAAAACCAUCUCUGUUGUGACCAGUCAAUAUGGCGCCAUCAAAUUACAGUCCAAUCCUUAGCGUAUUGUCGAUGGUGUUGCUGUUUGGUGGAGUAUUUUCAAAUGGUAAAGUGUGUUACGAGUGUAAUAAUAUGUCACAUCCGCGGGACUGUACCAAUGUAGUAGAGUGUGAUCCACAUCAGGUGUGUUACGUUGAUAAGUAUGUGACGAGACACUCCCACGUCUAUUAUAACUCAGGCUGCUUAUCAUAUAACAGUUGCUACAGCAAUCACGGACACCGGGAAUCAGAACUGACGGCAAACACCGAAGUUGACGUCACUGCUACAGGCCUUAGAAGAAAUAAUCCAGGCGGUUAUCUCAAUUGUUCAUCCUGCUGUAAUCACGACUUUUGUAACACUAAUUUGUGUGAAACUCAAAAAGUGAAUUCAACGAGGAAGCGAUGCAUGUCAUGUGACAGCGUUGAGCAUCCGAGUGACUGCCAGACAGUGCGAGGAUGUGAUGAAGACGAGAUGUGCUAUACGGUAUAUUACCUCCACACGUUUGGCGAAAAACGAUUUCGACUCGGAUGUAUGAGAAACAAUAUAUGCAAUCAGGGUGGAGCAAUUCACAUUGGCGAGACACAAUUCUGUUCGAAAUGUUGCACAGGUGAAAACUGUAACAGAGAAUUAUGUAAAGAUGCAGCCACACCUCCCCCGAUCACUACGCCCGGUACCACUACGCUUGUCUGUGAGGACGAUCCUAAUCGUCCUUGUAUUCCUAGUCUUUUACCGACUAUCUGUGCAGAUUCCGUGUUCAGGAAUUAUUGUAUGAAAUCGUGUGGAUUGUGUGCUAUGACGUCAUCAACAGCUGCGACAACUGGUUGUCAGGACAGUAACCAGCAGUCCUGCGCUUUCGAAAUACUUCCUAUCGUAUGCUUUGAUGAUAUUAUGAAGUUUUACUGUCGAAAAUCUUGCAACAUAUGCGACUUGGUGGUUCCACCUACCUCUGCCUGUGUUGACAAGCAUCCAAUUCAAUGUAAUAACCAAACAAUGUUGACGAGUAUUUGUGCGGAUAAAGAUUUAGCCGACCUAUUUUGUCAAAAGAGUUGUGGAAUGUGUCAGGGAGCUACCUCUCCCGCUACAACAACGUGCCAAGACGACGACGUAAGAUGCUUCAGUCUACCGUUUUUGGCCAUGGCGUGCUCCGACCCCAACCAGAAGCAUCUGUGUAGACAGAGCUGUAGUGUUUGCACAUAAUAAACAUAAUAAAAGCCAUUA